GAAUACACAUGAUUUACAAAUACAGCAGGGAAGACACUAUGCCUUUGUUGCUUUGCUGUCCUUGUGCAUUCUGUGGGAACACUAAUCCCCACAGUACACUUCUAGCCAACAGGAGGAGAAAAAAAACAGAAAAGCAGUAAAAGUGGUGUCUUGGUGCUGCAGCAGCAACAGCAGCUGAAUGACUAGAGGUCUGAUGUGACCAGUCCAGGACGUGAAGGGUUAAAGUCUGUUCCACCAAACUCCAGCUUGAGAAUCCCCUGGCAGCUACUCGUACAGGCUUUAAAUACUGAUUUGACAGAUUCCCACUCUACUCCCAGGCGCAAGGAAAAUAGCCUGCACAGCCAUACAGCACUUCCAACAACACAGCGAGCCGAGCACUACACACAUAUUAGCUCCAGGACGAAGAUGGGAAACAUACCGAGGGCUACGGUUUUCAGCUUUAUAUUUGUGCUAUGGGUGCUCUCAGCAUCAGCGAGGCAACACCACCACCGCCGAGCUCACUCAAGACAGGAUAUACAACUUAAGGAGGAAGUCUACCUGGACUCAAGGUCCAAGAGAGAGGUAACGGCUCUGACAGACUACGACUCUGACUCUGUGUUCUUGCCGGCUGAUGCACCAGACGACUCAGCCGCAAGCUCAGCUGAUGAUCUGCCCACAUGUUUACUGUGUGUGUGCCUCACGGGGUCCGUGUACUGCGAGGAGGUCAGCCCGGACCUGACCAACGUGCCCGCCCUGCCCAAGGAGACCGCCUACCUCUAUGCCCGCUACAACAAGAUCAAGAAGAUCACAGCUAAAGACUUUGAGGACAUUGUCACCUUGAAAAGGAUUGACCUCACAGGAAACCUUAUUUCUGAGAUUGAGGAUGGAGCCUUUUCGAAGCUUCCUCUUCUGGAAGAUCUCUCAUUGGCUGAGAAUCAGUUAGUGAAGCUUCCCAUGCUGCCUGGCAAGCUCAUCUCCUUCAAUGUCAAUUUCAACAACCUCAAGACCAAGGGUGUCAAAGCCAACGCAUUCAAGAAGACAGUCAAGCUGGUGAACCUUUACCUUGCCCACAACGAGCUGGAGGCUGUUCCCCAAAUUCCAGAGAGUGUACGCAUACUGCAUCUGCAGAACAACAACAUAUCCUCAGUCAGCGACGACACAUUCUGCAAAGGAAACAACACUUACUACAUCCGACCAAACAUGAAUGAGAUUCGCAUGGACGGCAACCCAGUGAACCUGGCUCAGUACCCCAACAGCUUCACCUGCCUCAAGUCCCUGCCCAUUGGAAACUACCACUGAGUGUCACUCAAACCACAGCCUCACUCACUAAGGUCUUGUUUACAUGUGUAUGGAUAUUUUUAUAAACAGAUAUUUCUUGUCUGUUUAUGAUUUUCUUUUUUUGUUGUGUUUACACGUAUCUAGUGGAGUUGAGCAUUGUGAUUUUAUUUUAUUUUUGCCGACAGCCCAACACAUCUCAUAGUAAGCCAGAGGAAGUGGUUGAAAUGGCUGUUAUCCACACAGUAAAUAAUAAAAUAUCCAAAUACGUGUAAAUGUGACCGAAAUGUGGUAAACCAUAUUUCCAGUCUUGAGAAGUACAUUAUGGGUUUAUUUAGUCGGUUCUGUGGUGACGUUGAGUUAAAUUAUAUACAUUUGGUAACCACCAGGAUUGGGCCCUUUUCCCCAGUCUCUAAGUUGUGGGAGUCACACAGUAACCCUCUGAAUGUCCCUCUGGGUAAUCUCUUUAGUGUACUGCACACAUUUGUUUUUGGUUGUAUAGACUGCUUUGCGGCAAGUCGUUCUUGAAAGGCAACAUCACUUGUGUCACCUGUAUGUAAAAUUUCUACUGCCUGGUCAAAAGGUUCUUCACAAAAGUGAAGUGAUGUCAAACUCUCCUCUUUUCCUUAGAAUUCUGUGAAUUUUCUUCACUUGAACUGUACUUAAUUUAAAAAACUGCUUUGAUGUUAUUAUAUAAAUAUGAAAUAAUGGGCAAAGGCAACAGUAGGCCAUUUUUAAAGAAGACAUUUUAAGGUGGCUAUUAUAAAACACCUUAAAACAAAUCGAGUUAUCACCACUUAGAAGCCAAAUGUUUAAACUAUACCAUGGCUUUACAGAUUCAUUAGCACAUUACACAUUUUUACAUUUAGUUCUGGAUAUUGACAUCGCUGUCUGUGUUCAUUUUAUGUUGCAAUGUAAGAAAAAAAAAACCUAGCAGUCCAACCCUCAUGCUGAGGACCCAUCAAGCUGCCCCUCAGUUUUGUUUGUCUAAGACCACAUAGACUUGCAGAUCACUUAGACAUCUGAAAUUAUCUGGCCAAUGUUCAAAUGUUAACUCCACCCUUAGUAAGUGCACAUACUGUAGGGUGCGAGUUCCAUUGUUUUGCUCCUACAUAGUGGAGUAACGUAGUGUCUAGUGGACAUUUUCCCAUUUCAACUCAAUCCGUUUUCACACCAUACACAGCUUUGGUAGACCCACCGAAUGUAUCUCAAUAUCCGCAUGACUAGACAAGGAUCUCACGAGACACUGCUGCUAAUGUACACAAAACACACAUGGCUGAAAAGCCUACAGGCUUGCAGGCAAGCUCCAGAGAGACAUACAUCAUCUUGACGCUUGUCUUCCUUACGUAGUACACACAGUGAAACGGCUGCACAUGUAUAGCAAGGCUAUAUAAAUUAACUUUUUUUCUUUUCUGGCCAAUUUGGCUUAAUCAUGUCAGCCAAACAUACACUCACUACCAGUCAAAGUGGCUAGUAGUACGCUUUCUUCUCUACCAGCCAAUCUGAAUUUUCAUCAGCAUUUAGUCGGUUGGCGAGUGACAAUUUAGAGCCCUGUGUAUGAGCAUGAACCUGUCUGCAGCUGGUACCAACGUGCCUUAAGGUCUCUUUUGAAUAGGUGAAGACCAUGGUAUACAAAACAGAAUUACUGUUGCUCAACUAUUUUUUUAAUCUUUUUUAAUUUUUCCAUUGGAUAGAACAUUGGUUUUCCUUUAUAAAUACGUUUGCUAUAAACAAUGUAUUAUUCUAGGAUUAACUACCUAUGUGAAUUAUCAAAGUAUGCUGUAAACAAAAGCAUUUUUUUGUAUGUAUUGUGUCAUGCCAUCCUUAAUUAUUGAAAUAAAACUGUUAAAAUUAA